AUGCUUGUGAAUGACUAUUUGAAACGAAUUGGUGUCACCCCUCCAUCGAAGAAGAUUGUCGAGUUCCACUUGCAAGCAAAGAAAUUGGCGAAAGAAGAAUUAGUUGAUGGAGCCGGACAACGCCCACUGUUUUCGUUGAGAACCCUUUGUCUUGCUUUACAAUAUAUCACCGAUGUCAAUGGGUUCUUUGGAUUUGAAAGGAGUUUGUACGAAGGUAUUUCGAUGUCUUAUUUGACUCAAUUGAGCAGAGAAAGUUACCCCAUAAUGGAGAAUAUGAUCAAUUCGAUGUUUACUAAAUCGAAUAACAGUGGGUCUAUUCCUAAGAACAAAAGUUAUGUCCAAUAUGGCGGGUAUUUCAUUGAACAGGGUUUGGAGGUACCACGACUUGAUGAGAAGUACAUCUUGACAGAAACGACGCAGAAGAGACUUGAAAGUAUCACGAGAAUUGUCAUGUCGAAGCGAUACCCUAUUUUACUCCAAGGAACCACUUCUGCUGGUAAAACUUCAUUAGUCGAAUAUUUAGCUCACGCGACAGGGCAUAGAAUGGUGAGAGUGAACAACCACGAACAAACAGACAUUCAAAAUAUAUUGGGAGGAUAUUGGAUUGUACUUGAUGAACUUAACUUGGCACCUUCAGAGGUGUUGGAAGCACUGAAUAGACUUUUGGACUUCAACAGAGAACUGUAUAUUCCCGAGACGCAAGAGGUGGUCAAGCCCCAUCCACAGUUCAUGUUGUUUGCGACGCAAAACCCCCCAAAUACGUAUGGAGGAAGAAAACAUUUGUCACGUGCGUUUAGAAAUCGAUUUAUUGAAUUACACUUUGACGAAAUACCUGAAAAUGAACUGGAAAUUAUUAUUGAAAAAAGAAGUCAGAUUCCACCAAGUUAUUCAAAGAAGUUGGUCCAAGUGCUUAAGGACCUUCAGAAGCAACGCUCAAUGACACAGUUCUUUGGAGGAAAACAUUCGUUUAUUACACUCAGAGAGUUGUUUAAAUGGGCUGACAGACAUGCGAGUAGCUAUGAGGAAUUGGCGAGAGAUGGAUACUUUAUAGUAGCCGAGAAGAUGAGAACACAAGAAGAAAAGAAUGUCAUUCAGAAGGUUAUUGAAGAUGAUCUGAAGGUGAAAAUAGACUUUACCACUGUGUAUGAAUGUAAAGAGUUUGUUGAAGCAUCGAAGUUGUGUCCGGAAAUCGUGUGGACUCCUUCAAUGAAACGACUCUUCUGCUUAAUUGUUGAAUGCUUCAAAAAUAAAGAGCCCGCACUUCUUAUUGUAGAGACGGGUACGGGGAAGACAACAGUGUGCCAAAUUUUGGCCAAAGUAUUGAACAACAGACUGAGAAUAUUGAACUGCCACUAA